CCAUUGCCAUGUGCUUAAUAGAGACCCAGCAAAGAGUCGACCUCUACGGCUCUACUUCCUAUGGGAUUCCAAAGACUCAUACUUUGCUGGGUUUUCCUCCUCUUCCUCCCAAACCCAACAAAAACCCAGCUCGACCAAGAGCUCUACUUAAACGGCUUCAAUGGCGUCUCCAACAGCAGCAACAUGAGCUUAAACGGCGUCGCAUCAAUCGAGCCCAACGGCAUGCUAAAGCUCACAAACGACACUCUCAGAGUCCUCGGCCACGCCUUCUACUCCGCCCCAGUCCGAUUCAAAAGCUCUACCGACGGCAAAGCCUUUUCCUUCUCCACCUCCUUCGUAUUCACCAUCGUCCCGCAGUACCCAAAGCUCGGCGGCCACGGCCUUGCCUUCAUAAUCUCGCCGUCGAAAUCGCUCCCGGGAUCCCUCCCCAGCCAGUACCUCGGCAUCCUCAACUCCACCGUCGUCGGCAACUUCUCCAACCACAUCUUUGCCGUCGAAUUCGACACAGUCAAGGACUUCGAAUUCGGGGACAUCAACGACAACCAUGUCGGAAUCGAUAUCAACACCCUGGCUUCCAACAAAUCGACCCCAGCCGGGUUUUUCAGCGGUGGAAAUUCGACGAAAGAGAACCUCAAUCUCAAGAGUGGACUGCCGAUCCAGGCCUGGGUCGAUUACGAUUCGGUGAAAAAUCAAGUCACUGUCAUGCUUUCACCCUAUUCGAUCAAACCCAGAUCCCCGAUUUUAACAUUCGAUGUCGAUCUUUCUCCAAUUUUGAAAGAUUUUAUGUACGUUGGGUUCUCUGCUUCGACCGGGUUGCUUGCCAGCUCCCACUACGUCUCCGGUUGGAGCUUUAAGAUGAACGGAGAAGCCAAAUCUCUGGAUUUAGAAGCUCUGCCUAAACUUCCCCGCCGUAAAAAGAAGCAUUCAUCAGCGCUGAUCGUUGGCGUUUCUCUUUCUGUUCUUGUUUUCUUUAUCUUGGCCGCCGGAUUGGGCUUCUACAUUGUUCACAGGAUCAAGAACGCCGAGGUGAUCGAGCCGUGGGAGCUCGACAUUGGGCCUCAUAGAUUCAGGUACAACGACCUGAAGCAGGCCACCAGAGGGUUCAGGGAUAAAGAGGUGAUCGGGUUUGGUGGAUUUGGUAAGGUUUACAAAGGGACAUUGCCGAAUUCAGAAACCCAAGUGGCGGUUAAGCGAAUUUCGAACGAGUCGAGGCAGGGUCUGCAGGAAUUCGUGUCGGAAAUCGCCACCAUUGGCCGUCUCAGGCACAGGAAUUUAGCGCAGUUGUUGGGGUGGUGUCGCCGGCGCGGAGAUUUGCUGCUUGUGUAUGAUUUUAUGCCUAAUGGGAGCUUGGAUAAAUAUUUAUUUGAGAAGCCAAAAGCAAUUUUGAGCUGGGAACAGAGGUUCAAGAUAGCUCAAAAUGUAGCUUCUGGCUUAUUGUAUUUGCACGAAGGUUGGGAGCAGACUGUGAUUCAUAGGGACAUAAAAGCAGGAAACGUUCUUUUGGAUUCUGAGAUGAACGGACGGCUUGGAGAUUUCGGUCUUGCUAAAUUGUAUGAGCAUGGAGCAAACCCUACAACAACUAGGGUUGCUGGGACACUGGGUUACCUCGCUCCGGAGUUGACUCGGACCGGAAAACCGACUCCGAGCUCGGAUGUGUUUGCUCUUGGUGCUCUCCUGCUGGAGCUGGUGUGUGGGAGGAGACCCAUUGAACCAAAAGCCCUGCCGGAGGAGCUGAUAUUGGUUGAUUGGGUUUGGGAGAAGUGGAUGGCCGGCUUAAUUCUUGAAGUUGUGGACCACAGAUUGGGGGGUGAGUUUGAUGAUCUGGAGGCCGUUGUGGUGCUGAAGCUAGGGCUGAUGUGUUCAAAUAAUUCCCCCAGGGCAAGGCCCACAAUGAGGCAGGUGGUGAGGUACUUGGAGGGUGAGGCGGCGCUGCCUGACGCAGUGGCGUCUCCCGGGGCUUAUGAUGGGAAGAAGGGUGGCAGCGAUGGCGGUGGAACGGGUGGUGAGUUUUGAGGAUUAUGUGCAUUCCUAUGAAGAUACAGAUACAGCAAUAUGAUACGACAUAACAUGGUUAUACAAAAAAUCUCUAAAAUGUAGGAUGUGUUAUGAGAUAGAUACGGCAAUAAAAACAAUAUAAUGAUAUACAAAAAUAAAAAUAUAUAAUUUGGAACAUAUUUUGAGAACACAAGAAUUUGAAUUCAUUUGAUAAAUCUAAUUCCCUUGAUAUAUAUCGAAGAAGUGUGAGAGUUUUAUUCAAAGUUUCAAUUAGAGGUUAGUUCUUCAUAUCCAUUAGAUUUCAAAAUAAAGUUUCGUCUCUUAUUAA